GUUAUGUUUGUAUUUACUUUGACGUGGCCCCAUUUCGUCUAAGAAGCCCUAAAAAAAAUGCCACAAAGUAAAUAUUCAAUCCUGUUGCCCACGUACAAUGAAGUGGACAAUCUUCCCAUAAUAAUUUGGCUGCUUGUAAAGCACAUGAACGCCAGUGGACACCCUUAUGAAAUUAUUAUAAUCGACGAUGGGAGUCCGGAUGGAACUUUGGAGGCCGCACAACAGUUACAAAAAAUCUAUGGGGAAGAUAAAAUUGUGUUGAGACCAAGAGAGAAAAAACUGGGACUCGGAACUGCUUAUAUUCAUGGAAUUAAGAAUGCUACUGGAGAUUUUAUUAUUAUUAUGGAUGCAGAUUUAAGUCAUCAUCCUAAAUUCAUUAAAGAGUUCAUAGAGAAGCAAAAGGCACAUGACUAUGAUGUUGUCACAGGAACCCGGUAUGUGGGCUCAGGAGGGGUUCAUGGUUGGGAUUUUAAGAGGAAACUAAUAUCCAGAGGUGCGAAUUUGUUAACUCAGAUCCUGUUAAGACCUGGGGUUUCUGACCUCACUGGUUCUUUUAGGCUGUACAAAAAGGACGUCCUAGAAACCCUGAUUAAAAGUUGCGUUUCCAAGGGCUAUGUCUUUCAAAUGGAAAUGAUUGUGAGGGCCAGACAAAAAGGGUUCACCAUAGGUGAGGUUCCGAUAACAUUUGUCGAUAGAGUUUAUGGGGAAUCCAAACUGGGUGGGUCAGAAAUUGUGCAGUUUGCCCAGGCCCUAUUGUACUUGUUCGCUACCACUUAAUUAAAAUUCCGUAUUUAGGUUGUCAAUGAAUAAAGUUUGCAUUUGUUUAUUAUAA